UCACAAAAAAGCAUAGGUCUUUAUGUCUGUGAGGAUCAUUUUGAUUUGGAACAAGAUAUGGAUAACUAUAUAAAAUUCAAGAUUAUGGGUGGUCCCAAAAUUAUUAAGUCAGGUGUUGUCCCGCACAUAUUUGAUUGUCAACCAGACAGAAAACGAGCUUUUUCUCAGCCUGUGAGGGAAGCAGCCCUUAAAAGGGUUAAACGACAGCUUCUUGAAGAUGCCGCUUCUACAUCUAAGUCUGUUUUAGAGAACAAUGAUGAUAAGAGACAAUGUGAUCCUAGUUUCACAAACUUAGUACAAUCAGGACCUGAAUUAAACCAAUCAGCUUUACCUCAAAAACUGAAUAAUGCAUCAACACAGACUCACAUCAAAAUAAGAAGUAAAGGUAUUCAGUGCAAAUUUCAAAGGAGUGUUACAGUCGGGCUGUCGCCAUUGAAAAUACAUAAUAAGGAUGCAGGAACUUCACCUAUAAAAGACUUGCAAAUAUUUGAAGAUACAAAAAGUGAAUCAGGAAGUUCUGUAUUUGAAGAGUAUAGUGAAUAUAGUGGUAGUGACGACUGCUGGUACAAUGAAAGUGAUUCUUUAUCUUGUGAUGAAGAUACGAAAGAAGAGGAAGCAUUCAAAGUUUGUCUUUGA